AUGAGGCCGAAGAAGAAGCAAAGAGUCGAGAUGGAGUCAAUAGAUUAUUGGAAUUGUAGGAUGGAGAAGUCUAGGAUGUCGACGAGGAAGACGAGGGUGAGGAUUUCAUUUUCUCUAGAACAUUUGGCGGCGAUUCCCGCCGAGGAAGCGUUCACCAACCGCCAGAUCCGCCAGAUUCCCCCCCCCCCCAUUCAAUUGGGAUCUCCUCAACCUGACGCUCUCGCCAUCGACCACCCGGAGGACCUUUACUACGAGCGGAGGGGGGAAGCUGCGGUCGUGGUGGAUGCAUCGCCGAAGCCCAAUUGUUAA